AUGGAUUGCCAGAUAUGCGGCUGCUACUCUAGUAUAUAUGCAUCUUACGAUUGCAGCCACAACAUAUGCAUCAGAUGCUCUUUGAGGCUUGUGGCGUUGUACAAGCAGCACAACUGUCCAUUGUGUAAAACUGCCACAAAGACACUUCGACUCCAUACAUCAGAGGCAGGUGCUGCAUCCGCUCAAAAGCCACUGAGGGAUAUAAAAACAUCCAUCACCAUUGCCUAUGAAAGCAGUGCUGUUAAGAAGUACGCAGACGAUCUUUUAUCGAGCAAGUGCCAACAAUGUCUGAAGACAUAUUCAACACCAGCACAACUGAGAAAGCACUACUCUGAACAUGGGCUUGUUCUAUGUUCUGAAUGUAUCGGUGGUAGGAAGGAUUUCUGGGACGAGUUCAAGCUAUACAAAAGCUCCACAAUCAAGGAUCAUAAAAAUGGAAUGCUCGGAGAAGAUGGAUUUAUCGGGCAUGUGUUUUGUGUUCACUGUAAGAUUUAUCUCUAUGAUGCAGACGAUGCAAGGCAUCACUGCAAUAUCGAGCAUGAGAUGUGUCAGAUAUGUGAUGCUAUUGGAUCUAAAUAUAAGUACUAUAGAAAUUUCGAGGAUCUUGAAAAACACUACAAAAAUGCACACCAUUGCUGCAUGUUUGAUCAGUGCCUUACAAGCAAGUGUUAUGCAUUUACGUACCAAACGGAGCUUUUGGCACAUCUAGCAAAGAUUCACAAGCUGAAUGUAGCAUUGAGCAGUAUUCAAAAGAAAGUCUGUUGUGAUAUACCAGUGAUGGAUCCGUUCAAGAAAAGGAAUGCGAAGUUCAAGGUGGAUGUGCUUGCUCCAAACGGAAUGGCUGUCGUCACAAGCCAAAAUGACAACAAGUACCUAAUGCCAAUACCGAAAUCGUCGUCAUUGAAUGUCCCUGCAUACUUGAAUAGGAGCAUUCUUGAUGAUCAUAAAAGAAGCCGUGCAAGACGUAAAUCAGUAAUUGACUAUCUUUGUGCUAAAGACUCUGGCGAUGUUGAGUGCAUUAUAGAUGAAUUUAUGGCCACGCCAAUGACCGUGGUGGAUGCAUUCAACAAGGUAUCUCACUGUGUUGGUGAUUCGUUGGCACUGAAGAUAUUCGAGGCUGUCCGCUUCGAUCAUCGGCAGAAGUAUGUUUCGGAAAGCAUCAAGGACAUUCGUAAGAAAGCAAUGUUUCCGAAAUUUGUGCCUUUUGGCUCUCAAGAAUAUGCAGAGCCAGAAAGAAAGCAACCCCCGGGAUUUUCUAUCAUAGACAUAUCAAAAGGAAAAAAGCAAUAG